AUGAAGUUUAUGUGGAACUCACACCGCCUGACCCAGUGGUCAGGCGGUGAAUCCACUGGUCCCAGUGACCCAGUGACGGGUCAGGCGGUGGUCCACCGGGUCCCAGUGACCCAAUCAUUUGGACCGAUUGAUCUGAUCAGACCGAUUGAUCUGAUCGGACCGAUUGAUCUGAUCGGACCGAUUGAUCUGAUCGGACCGAUUGAUCUGAUCGGACCCGUCGGUAUCUCCCAGGUUUUGGUGAACGAUUUCUUCCUGGUUGCUUGUCUGGAGGAUUUCAUCGAGAACGCGCGGCUCUUCAUCUUUGAGACGUUCUGUCGCAUUCAUCAGUGCAUCAGCAUCAGCAUGCUGGCUGAUAAACUCAACAUGUCUCCUGAAGAGGCGGAGCGUUGGAUCGUCAAUCUGAUCAGGAACGCCCGGCUGGACGCCAAGAUCGACUCCAAACUGGGUCACGUCGUCAUGGGAAACAACGCCGUGUCGCCGUACCAGCAGGUGAUCGAGAAGACCAAGAGCCUGUCGUUCCGCAGCCAGAUGCUGGCCAUGAACAUGGAGAAGAGAGCGGCCCACAGCACCAGGACCGAGACUCCUAACUGGGCCGCCCAGGACUCUGGGUUCUACUGAGCUGGACCCGGCCUCUAUGAAGAUCCAAACGACUUUAAUAACAUCUGCUGAUCAUGACCAGUUUAACCAGUUUAACCAGUACCUGGGUCUUUGUGUUUGUGUCUCUAAUUUAUUCAGUUUUUAUGGAUUAUUAUGAAACUUUGACCUGCAUUAAAUGUUUAGUUCCUCUGGA